CCAAAUGCAACUGACAGUGACAUCGGAGUUUGUCUGAAACCCAACAACGGUGUAGUACUGGUUAUUGGAAAACUGUUAUGUAAAGUAAACGUCGGGUGAAUGAUGCCUUAACUGAUUGUUUUAGCUUUAACAUCGUUGUAUCGUAUCAGGCUUCGAAAAACGUCUUGAGAACCAACAUCCAAGGCUCGAUCAUGGUGAUUCUCUCAUCGAUUGCAUCGCCGCUCGCUCGACAACUGCACAGACGUCUCAUCAGGGACACUAGGAGCCAGCGGUUUAUGCCAGUGAGAACAUGCAGUCUCAGUGCAUGUUCGAGCAAAUAUGUGCUUUCGCAGAUGCAUCCGAUGUGGCAAGGACCCCUCGCCAUCCCGGGAGGAGAACGUCAAUCUCCAAUCGAUAUCACGGUGCGCAAGAGCAUCUUUGACCCGAACCUGAAGCCGUUGAUUGCGAAGUACGACCCGAGGACCUGUCAACAGAUUUGGAACAACGGCUAUUCGUUCCUGGUGGAGUACGACGACACCACCGAUAAAUCCACACUUAAAGGGGGUCCCUUGGAAGACCAGUUCCGGCUUUGUCAGUUUCACUUCCACUGGGGGGAGACCAAUGCCUGGGGCUCGGAGCACACUGUGGACCGCCGCCUGUUCCCUGCUGAGCUUCACUUGGUUCACUGGAACUCUGAAAAAUACAGUUUGUUCGAGGAGGCAGUAAUGGAAGAGAAUGGUCUGGCUGUUAUUGGAGUCUUCCUCAAGGUGGGAAAGAGGCAUGAGGGGCUCCAGAAACUAGUGGACGCCCUCCCUGCUGUCAGACACAAGGACAGUGUGGUGGAGUUCACCAGGUUUGACCCGGCCUGUUUGCUGCCCACAAACAUUGAUGACUACUGGACCUAUGGAGGGUCACUGACCACACCCCCUCUCACAGAGGCCGUCACUUGGAUCAUCAUGAAGCAGCACAUCGAAGUCAGCCAUGACCAGCUGGCAGUGUUCCGGAGCCUUCUCUUCACCUCAGCGGAGGAAGAAGCCCAGAAGAGCAUGGUCAACAACUUCCGGGUGCAGCAACCACUAAAGGGACGGACAGUGCGUUCGUCCUUCUCACCAUUCCUCCAGGGGGCGCCACCUGCGGAGGGAGACUACUGACCCGACACCAGAGUCCCAUCUCAUCCACCCAAGAGCCCUUCAGCCCAUAUUGGGGACUUUCAAACUCUUACCUGGUCUUCAGAAUUCAUGCUGUCUGUCAUACUGCCUGUCUAUCAUACUGCCUUGUCUGCCUGGCGUUCUGGAGUCAAAGGCUUGGAACAGCUCAUCCCAUCUCCUAAACAACAGAGCUUUCUAGCAGUGGAGGUGGUAAAGUGUGGAGGCCUUUUUGAAAGCCUUACUUGGUGCCUGACAUGUUAUGAAAAGGUUGAAUGUUAUAUUUUAAAUCCCUGGUUCUUGGGCGAAAGGGGCAUUUUAUCACCAUCUCUGGAUGGUUAUAGUCAAGCAACUUUUUUCUCUUCCUAUCAACAGGCAGACAAUGAUGUUUUAUAAUUAAGUUUGAUGUUUAACAAUGAGUGAUUUUUCUAGUGGUCAGUCACUAUUCAUAGCACCCUCUUGUGGACAUAACAAAAACAAUGUUAGACAUAUCCACUAACACCAUAGCUUUGACAGAACUAUGGAAAUAGUUUGAAGGGUUAAAACACAUUAAUGGUACAAUGCUGAAGAAGAUUUGGUUUGUUAGAUUCAGUCUGAAGAGAAGUCGCCGUUUUAAAUGGUGGUUAGUCUUACCUAAACGACUAUUAUAAAGAAUGUACAUCUUCGAAUAUGUAGCUUAGAGCUGAGAGAGAUAAUAUAUGUAUACAGUAUGGCAUCUAGUAGCCUUACAAGCUGUGCUGAUAGUUAAUCUUCAGUGCUUUUGCUGGUAUAGAAGGGGCCCCAAUAUACGCACAAGUCAUUUGUUUGUUUUUCUAUCGCAAACAAAUAUUAGAUUUUAAGCAUUGUUGAUUAAGAUCCGUUCUUUUCCUUUUCACUGAGAUGGAAUUUCUCUGACAGUGCCUUUUAAAUGUUCACUAACAUGGUCAACCAUACUUUUAUGUAAUCAAUACCUCACUGCAUUCUGCACGGCCAAGGCCUACGGGGAGAAUGGAUAUAGGGUGCAUCUCAAUUCGGAGACAUAUUUUGCUCCACCUUUGUUUGUCUUUUUCCCACUCUGAUCUUUUUUCCCACUCUGAUCUUUUUUCCCACUGACCCGAAACUGUGGCAGGGGAAAGCACAGGGCAUUUCCUCCACUUAUUACGCACAUGCCUGUUCCCUUUGCCCUGUGCCAUCACCUCAGUAGUCAGCAGAGAGGAAGGAAACCAUGUCGAACGAUUGAAACUCACCCCUGAUGGCGGUUGCAGGGUCAGCUCCCUUUGCUUCUGCUGCUGCUGAGGCGUCAAUCUGAAUGUCUGUGCCCUCCAGGCCAGAGGUGCAGCCAGGCUUGUCUGUGGUGUAGCCUGCUAACUGGGAGGUUGUCAGGCUACACUGCGUUCAAUAGAGGUACCAGGGGGAGGGUGGCCGUAGCAGGCUUGGGGUUAGGAUGGUAGAUGGACAGGGUUGACACUACCCUGGGACCACCAGUUUGAAUCACCUCUACCAAACUGGAUUGACUGUUUGAAUCACUUCCACCAACCCGAACUGACUGUUUGAAUCACAUCCACCAAACUGAAUUGACUAUUCGAUUCACUUUUAACGACCUGGAACUGACAGGUAUUCAUGCACUGGGGGCAUCCUUGAAUGCAGUGCCAAACUGUAAUGGUGAUGAAGCUUUGUGUUCUGUUACUGCCUGUUCAGCAUCGACAUUGUUCUAUGAAUCUGUGUCUUCAAACAUGAAAGUGAAGUUGGGAGAGAGAGAGGGGGGGGGGGGGGGGGGGGUGGAGAUGGAGAGAAUGAGCGACUGUUACUCUAGGGAUUUCUCAGUAACAGGCAUGGAGAGCUUUUGGUGAUCAUUAAAACCCAGAAGGAAGCAUUGAUUGGUUAGUUCUGCCUUCAGGGGGUGGGGUAUGUGGUUUGGUCUGGCCUGUGGAGUGAGGGGGAGACCACAGUUUUCUUUGUGAUCUUUCUUUAACAAUGUUCCUCUCUAAACCAGCCUCCGACAAGGCCCCUGGCUGAAUGAGCCACCUGCCCCCCUCCUCAGCCCCCUGCUGGCCCCCCAGCACCCUUCGGGCCCCACUAGAGGCAUGUGACAGUUAAGCUAACUUGCUCCGAACACUGAAACACCGUCUAAACAUAGGAGUCUAAACUCACCUUUCCCUGUCUCACGUCUCCCUGUCUCACCUCUCCCUACCCUCAACUAUUCCCGUCUCACCUCUCCCUAACCUCAACUGUCCCUGUCUUACCUCUCCCUACCCUCACUCACCGGUGGUGAGAGGGUUAAGGGGCUGACACAUCAGUGCUGGAUAUGGUUGUGAUUAUGCAUUUACUGGUUGGAAGUUGGGUGGUUAUUUUAGGGUUGCAUUUUGGAAUAUUGCAAUUUUCCAAUGUACUGUAUGGAGAGUGAAAUGAUUGUCCUGUCCUGUGGUAGAUAUACUGACUAUCCGUUGUGUCAAAUGUGGUGACUUGUUACAUGCCUUUUGAAGUGGCCCUAUCCAACCACAAGUAUCCAACCACAAGUAUCACAAGUUCCUCUCGUAUUUGCAUUUUCUUCCUCAAUGUUUCUUUUCCUAAAUAAAUUAUAUUAAUAAUAAUGGAAUCUAAUAACAUUCUAAAUCUGAUGACGGUAAAUCUUUUAGCUCCUAUGUUUCAGCUGCCGUUACUGAGUGUUUUGAAAUGUGUACAUAGGUCUCGAGAAAAUAUGCACACCGAGCGCACCCUAUGCAUGUUGUACAGGAACAGGCCUGGGCCCUGUUUGAUGUGAUAGCAGGUGUUGUCCCCAUGCUGCAGGCUGUGUUGACCUAUGUGGGCUUGUGCUGUAGUACAUACUGCUGUUUGUUUAGUCAGUGGGCGUCCACAGUCCUGGCCCCUGGGCUCAGAGGCCCUGGGCCCCUAUCCCAACACCUGCUCCCUCAUUGGCUCAGCCCAGCUGUACAACCAGGAAGUGGAGCUGUUGGGUUCCGCAGGGACUGUAACCCUGACAACAGCCUCUGCUGACAGGAAAUGUAUAGUACUGUAGAAGAUUUUAAGGACACAAUAUAUGAAUAAAAUGAAAAAGCAACGAGUGCUCAUU